UUGAACACGUCAACGCAAAAGGCGAAUUCCAAAAUCCUGUGAAAUUGUGAUUUAAUUUAAAUUAUCAAUAAAUUGCAAUUAUUAUUAGAACAUAAAAAUGGUGCACUCAACAAUGGAAGGAUCUUUAUUUGAGCCAACAUUAUACAUUGUUAAAGGCAUGUGCAUAUUGGACAAUGAUGGCAACAGAAUCCUGGCCAAAUACUACGACAAAAACACCCUGCCUACUGCAAAGGAACAGAAAGCAUUCGAGAAAAACUUGUUCAACAAAACCCACAGAGCAAAUGCAGAAAUCAUAAUGUUGGAUGGGCUGACCUGCGUGUACAAGAGUAAUGUGGACCUUUUCUUCUAUGUAAUGGGCAGCUCACAUGAAAAUGAGUUGAUCCUGCAAUCAGUUCUGAACGCACUUUACGAGUCAGUCAGUAUACUGCUACGGCGCAAUGUGGAGAGACGAGUGUUGCUGGAGAACCUGGACUCUGUAAUGCUGGCAUUUGACGAGAUCUGUGAUGGAGGGGUGAUCCUAGAUUCCGAUCCCACGUCCAUAGUUGGCAGGGCAGCCUUGAGGACAGAAGAUGUGCCACUUGGCGAACAGACUGUUGCCCAGGUCCUUCACCAGAUACUAAAUGACCAUAUUUUGUAGUGUUGCCACUUCAAAUCUUCAGUGUUGCCAAAUAACUAGUUGAAAAUAGCAUAAUUGUGUAGUCUAUAAUGUUUUUUUGUUGGCUAUUAAAUAUAUUUUAUUGAU